AAACAAUACCAUUCGCUUGAGGAAUUUUACUUCUAGGCAGCCUGCUUGUAAAUUUCGCCGGGACUGGCCACUUCUCACAACUUCAGACGUGCAAUUGGAUCGCAUCAGUCCUCGGGGAUGACGUGAAUUAAUGUCACCAGCCUUCCCAGACUUGUUUUGUUUGGUAACAAGGUAGUUCCCUCCUCACAAACAUUUGAAAUUAAGUCUGGUGUGGUCUGCUUGAAAGGACGUCUACUUUUUCCUCUGCCUCUCGGUUGCUAAGGAUGCAGCAUGCCAGGAUAAACUAACGGCUGUCAUACGAAAGGAUUGCUUAACUUAGCACAAGGCUAAUUUGAUUCGCCGCUCCCUCUGCCAUGGACGCUGGCGGGAUCUCAGUUGUUACACGGCAGGUGGCGUUAGCUUUGGUCCAGUAACCUUCAGUUGCGCUCGAUCUCCGCACAGUGUUGUGGAGCUUAGAAUGAAACAUACAGGCUGGAGUUUCGGAAAAAAAAGACCAAGUACCCGCGCCCCAUUACAUACAGGAUGCUCACUCGAAUUCGAGGGCAAGUUAAUGUCUGAUGGCUAAUUCAGCAAAAGGGAAAAAAGGGUUUCAGCUAAUUGCAGCAUAUUUUUUCGGGAAGCCAUCAAGUGAGAAACAAUCGCACAUAUUUCAAUGAAGUAUUAAUGCCAGCCAUCAGAAAUCGAACACCACAGACACACGCAACUAUGUGGAAUGACUUUCCAGUACUGUAGGUCAAGAGCUUGGCCUUGACUAUCAAGAACUGUGAUUAGUAGCAAAGGCCAGAAAAGCAACAAUCACAAAGCUUUCAAGUUUCUAACUUCUGCAACAUGAAUUAACUAACCAACAAACCCUAAACCUAAUCUGAAUCAAGACCAAAAGUAAUGCCUUUUAAGAUAGAGAUGAACAAACCUACAAUUAUUGACAGGAAUCACAAUGCAACUGCAGGGACCAUGAUUGUGUCCCACUGGAUUAUCCAACCAACAAGUAAAGCGCACUGCUAUCAAGAAUGGCAGAUUAAUUUUUGACAUGUUGAGAUGAAUUGAAUUAAUCCAUCAAGAAAGACAAAUGUAAAUACAACAGCACUUUAAGGCACGAUUGACAAAAUCAGUCAAUACAUAACCAUUGAAAAUUUGAGACGAUUUUGAUUAUGGAAGCUCGCCUAGCAUCGCAAAUACUACUAUUUUCCAAUGAAACUGAACUGAAUGAAUCCAGCUAUUGUAAUGAAACCUUAAACUGUGGCUACAUCAUUAAAAACCAAAGUGACAGGCAUUUUUAUAUUAUCAGCCUCUUUCUAUCCUGUUUGUAUACAAUUUUUCUAUUUCCCGUGGGCUUCAUUGGGAAUGGCUUGAUCCUGGUGGUGAACUUGAACCAUCACAGGAAGAUGACCAUCCCAGACCUCUAUUUUGUAAACCUUGCUGUAGCUGAUCUCAUCCUUGUUGCAGAUUCCCUCAUUGAGGUCUUCAAUCUCAACGACAAGUACUACGACAUAGCCAUCCUUUGCACUUUCAUGUCUCUCUUCCUGCAGAUCAAUAUGUACAGCAGCAUCUUCUUUCUCACAUGGAUGAGCUUUGACCGGUACCUUGCCCUAGCACAGUCCAUGAAGACCACCACGCUCCGAACUCUACAGCAUGCAAAGUGGAGCUGUGGUUUGAUCUGGUUGACAUCCAUCCUGGCUGCAUUAAUGCCCUUUGCUGUGGUACAAGCUCACCAUACAGGGGAAGUUCACUUUUGCUUUGCAGAUGUUACUGAGAUCCAGUGGUUAGAAGUCACUCUUGGAUUUGUUGUCCCAUUCUUCAUCAUUGGACUCUGCUAUUCACUGAUUGUACGGAUUCUAACAAAAGCGCAGAAGCAUAAUCACAUUUGGCCAAGGCGCCAGAAGGCCCUUCGCAUGAUUGUUGUGGCUGUUCUGGUUUUCUUCAUAUGUUGGUUACCAGAAAAUGUCUUCAUCAGUUUUCAGCUCCUACUAGCUACGAAGGACUCAUCGGUUUCCCUGAAGAACUCACUGGGGCACUAUUAUCCACUCACACGUCACAUUGUUAACCUGGCUGCUUUCUCUAACAGUUGCCUGAAUCCCAUUAUAUACAGCUUCCUAGGAGAGACCUUCAGAGACAAGCUUCGCUUGUACAUGAAAAGGAAGACAAGCGUAUCCACAGUUUACCGGCUUUGCAACAACACUUUGAACUGGAACAUUCCUGUAACCACAGAGGAAUCUUUUGCAUAGCAGAUAAUAUCUCUAUAAGCCCAGGCAAUUGAGAAAAAGGCACAGUUCACAUCUGACUGUCUUUGGUUGUGACAUGCAAUUUGGCCAAUGGGUUGAAAGUGAACUAAUGGAUGCACAAUAAUGGAAUUCAACAUGCAACAACCAAUCUCUCCCUUUAACAACCAAAAAAAUUUAUAUGUCAAUGAUGGCAACUGCUUGCUUGGCCAACUGUAUUUAUUGUUUAGUAUCAAAUAAUACUUGUUAAUGUGACUUACUUGAGGCAUGAUAUUUAAUGCACAAUUAUACUGAAAAGAGAUAUUAAAAUUG